AUCAGUCCCUUUCCCUCGUGUGCGCCGCCGCCGGCUCAUUCCUUUUUUUUUUGUUCUUUUUUGAGGCAGUAGUGCCAAGCUCAUUCCUUGGAACUCACGAUCAGAAUAUCCGGAGUGCCCUACGGACCUUCCCAGAAGAAGCUUCGCCUCUGCCAGUCUCUUUCGUAAGGAAUUCGCUCGUCUGUCAUCGAAAUCAGCGUCGAGGAGCCGUCAAAUUCCAAGAGAAAUGGCAGCUACUCCGAUAGACAGAUCAAGCGCGGUUUGCUUGUACUCGGAGGAGGGCAUGAACAGAAGGUCCAACCGCGCAAGUAGCCGUCGUCCAAGAUCCAGUAUCCCCUGAUCUAAUGCAACCGGCGGCGGCAGAUGACAAGAUUUACCUGGUGAUGGGGGGCAGUGAAAUCCACUAUUACAUCUCUCUCGGCUGGGCUCUGCAGAAUGUCCCACUGCACAAGACCGUGGUUCUCGUCUACAUCUUCCGGCCGGCCUUCGACAUCCCGAUGCUCUGUAAGGAAUUAAUGUCUUCUCUGUGCGUUUGGGUUAGAACCGUAGACACAACCAUCAAGCACGCCCUGUCAUUUUUUCCUUACCCCUAACUGGUCUUCAUCAAAAGGCUGGCAUGUGAGACUUGUUUCACUGUUUCUCUCAGCACGCGUAGUGCAGCCCACCGACGAUUUCCUUAUUAGUGCAUAUAGAAGAGGCCGCAGGGAGCAUAUCUUGAGGUCAUCUGAGUUGCAUGUGAGGAUCUGUGCACGUAAAAAGGUUAAUAAUUAUCACACUAAUCCAGAUUGAUGGGACCUUUUCAUGGUGUUUGUGUUUCCACGGGCAGAUAUUCACACUCCAGAUUUCUUCUAGGUUCGAGCAGAGAAGCUCAUAGUUGAGAAUGAUGAUGUUGCAGCUGCGCUUUUGGAUCUCAUUGUGCAACAUCAGGUUACCACGCUCAUCUUGAGUUCUGUAAUAGAUAGAAUAUACCGUUCGGAGGGAAAAAUACUAGAAAAGUUGGAAAAACAAGCAAAUCCAUCAUGCAGCAUUUUCUAUCUACACAAUGGAAAUCUCAUUUCUACCAGGCGGGGGCAUGUCAAUGUGUAUGCGGUUGGAAGUGGAACAUAUGACUUACCUGCUUCUUCCGGAACCUCCCAGUGCCUCUCGGGUAGCAGCAACAACACCAGUGAUACCUUGUCUUCAUUAUUCAGGGAUUCGUGUAGCACAGGCAGCGGAUUUGAUGUCGCACUGCUAGAUAAUCUUUCUCUGGAAAACACAAAUUCCAUGAUGCAUGACACUAGGUUCAGUGUUGUCUUCGAUCACGAGUCACUCAGCACUUUCAAGGGGGAACAGCUAGCCAUCUGAAUGUAGCUGGCCAAUCAGAAGAAUUCCACCAGGCAUUUCACGCCAAAUGUGUCGAGAUGGGUAUUGAAUCAGUUCUGAGAUUAGAUUGCAAGAAUUUUCAAAAGAAACAAUGGAUGCCCAUCUAUAGAUGGCAUCAGGUGCUGUUGUUUACAAUCAGGGUUCUUGAUGCAAUACUUACGGAAUCCAAGCAGAAUCAUAUUUCAGAGGCAGCCAAGGAACCCAUUCGUCUCCUCCUCGGUCUUGCCUCCAAAGUUGCUAAGGUGAAGAAAUCACCUGAGAAGCUCUUUUGCAUAUUAAACAUGCACAGAUCACUGUUUGACGCCACCCCAAUCCUCACAAGAGCGUUUGAUGCAGAAUUUGUGAAGAUAGAGGUCGGGGGAGUAGUUGCAGCAUUGAAGGACUCUGCAAGGGGAAUGCUUCUUGAGCUGAAAAUCUUGGUUCAGACUUACAGACCACAGCACGAACUAGCGCAAGGCAGCGUUCUAACGAUAACUGAAUUCCUCAUGAAAUACAUCAAGUUACUGGUAAAUCACACUGGAAACCUUGAUCCCAUUCUAUGCCAAGGGCAGGCUGAUGAUCUGUUGAACAUUGAGGGCGUGAAUCUGACAGGUCGUCUAGUGUCCGGGAUCAUCGCUGAUCUGGAAUCAGUGGUUCAGGAAUCUAGCUCAUAUGUAUCUGAAGGACUGAAGUUUCUAUUUCUGAUGAACAACACGGAUUUUGUAUUGCGACAAGUUGAAGAAUCGGAUGUGCGCCUGAUGGUAGGAGCCCAGUGGAUCAAAAAGAGUCACAACAACAUCAAACAGUACAUGAGGUGUUACCUAUGCUCAUCAUGGAAACAGGUAGUGCAUCCUCUGGAGACUGCAACUACCAGUUCCGAAAAGAGGCUCAAGAACAGCUUCCUCAAGAUAUUCUACCCCACUCCUAGUCCCCUACGGAGUUUUGAAUCGGCUCUCAACAAAGUAUGCAAAUCCCAGAUGCACUGGAAGGUGUGUAGCCCAGUUCUUCGUGUCGAGCUUCGCAGAAGUGUCAUAGAGUAUGUUGUCCAAGCAUACCGAGCAUACCGGGACAACCUGGAAGAGUCUGUGAGUGGUGAUCUUGAGGACUUGGAGCCGAACCUGAAGAGUAAACUCACUGACUUGUUUGAAGGUUAAAUAAUUACUAGUACCUUGGAUAAACAAAAUGCUGAAUGUAAAUGCCACUAGUCUGCACUAUGGAGAUUCCUUAAGCAUUUGUUUGGUGGAAUUUUACUCUACACACUGUUGUUUUAUAGCUUUCCUCCAAUUAAACUACCAAUCAGCUAUCUUAGUCCUA